AUGAAGUUAUCUGUACUCGCCGUGGCGGCGGUGGCCUCAGCCAAAACCACCGUCACCGUUUACAAGUGCUGCACCAAAGCCCCUGUCAAAACUGACGUGUUUGCUGACUGCUACACCGUGACCUACAAAGACAAAGACAACAAGCCUCAUGUCACCACGGUGUACCCUCCCCUGCCCACUUCGACGUCGGGUAAGCCGAGAAAGAAGGCUAAGGUCCACUGUCACUUGGACGGCGUGUGCAAGACCACCAUCAUCCCUCCUCCUGACUGCACCACCACCACCGUGAUCACCUGUCCCAAGAGCACUGGUGAGUGCCACACCUCGGUGCACACCAACCCUACGCCUACUGGCUCUGGAUCUGGUAAUGGUUCUGCUUCCGGUAACGGCUCCGGUAACGGCAGCGCCUCCAACACUGGUGGUUCUGGUAACGGCACUGGUAAUGGUACCGGUAACGGUGGCUCCGCUUCUCAAACUGGCGGCUCGGGUACCGGCGUCGUCGCUCCCACUGAUUCCAACUCCACCGGUGGCACUGGUGUUGUCGCCCCUACCGAAUCUGACUCCACCGACGGCACUGGUGUUGUUGCUCCCACUGACUCCGAAGACAGUGCUUCGGGUUCCGCUACUGACACUGGCCGUGGUCCCACUACCGCCACUGGCAGUGUCAGCGGUGACGGCAUCAGCACCUCCGACACCGGUGUCGUUGCCCCCGAAAGUGACUCUACUUCCAACACUGGUGCUGUUGCUCCUGAAAGUGACAGCACUGAUUCCGGUAACGCUACCCCGACGAGCGAUGUCAGCUCGACUAUUGCUCCGUCGUCCACUUCUGAACCCACUUCGUCUGCCGCUCCUUCGUCGUCGCCCACUUCUGAACCCACUUCGUCUGCCACUCCUUCGUCGUCGCCCACUUCGGUGACCAUGCCUCCCUCGUCGUCGUCGCUGACCCCUCCCUCGUCGUCAGCUUCGUCGCUGCUGGCUUGCCCCACCGCUAACUUGGACGCUGAGAUGUCGAACUUGACUGGUGACACUAAGACCAAGGCGGAAAGCAUCUUGGACUUCCACAACCAGAAGCGUGCUCUUCACGGCGUGUGCCCUCUUGCCUGGUCGGACACUCUCUACCAAUUCGCUAAGCAAUUGGCUGACGCCAAGCUGUGCUCGGACUUCUCGUUGACUCACACUGCCAACAACCCUUACGGGGAAAACCUUUCCAUGGGUUGGGGUAACGACUUCUUGAAGGGUCCCAACGUGUGGUACGAAGAAGGUAACAACUUGGACUGGUCCAACCCCAGCGCCAUCCCUUACUCCCACUUCUCGCAAAUGAUCUGGAAGUCGACGACCAAGUUGGGUUGCGCCUGGAAGGACUGUAACGCCCAAGGUAACGGUUACUACCUCGUGUGUGAGUACGACCCCAAGGGUAACACCAAUGCCAAUGGUGGUAAGGUGGCCAACAUCUUGCCUCCUGUUUAG